CGCAAGAUCUAGGUCUAGAUUUAGUACAUUAAAUUAGAUCUAGAAUGAAAAUCUAGAUCUAUAUUUGGAAGUCUGAAUAAAAUAAAAGGAUAGAUAGAUCUAUAUAGGCUAGUCUAAUUCUAAAUUAGGUCUAAAAGUUCAAAGUUCAAGAACGCAAAGGGCAAAGGCUACACUAAAGCAAUAAUAAUAACAAUCUAAUUCUAAGCCUGUUACUGAAUUGCUCUAGCAGUCUUGGGUAUACCCAGUCUUGUGCAUCUUUAUCUAGAGUCAAAAUUUUUGAUCCAUUUACCAUUUCUAGGUUCUUCAAGCUGAACUUUCAAUCACAAUAUGACAUCAACAAUGGGAAAAGUUAUAACAGUCUUGGGUGUAAAAAAGCCAGAGGAUUUAGGAGUUGUGCUACCCCAUGAACAUCUCAAUAUACAAAUACCAUCGUUUUAUACACCACCUAGAGGACAGUUGUCAGAGCAAAUGCAGAAUGCUCCAUUUGAAAUGCAGAACUUGGGAUGGAUAAGACAAAAUCCCUACACUCACAAACCUAAUUUAACUAUGGAAGGAGAGUUUGAUGCUAUUAAAAAUGAGCUUUUAUUUUUUAAAGAAAAUGGAGGUCAAACUGUUGUGGAUAACACUGUCUGUGGAUUAUCUCCAGAUUAUGGUUAUCUAAAACGCCUCUCUGAAAGUACAGGUGUAAACAUAAUCUGUGGAACAGGUUUCUACAUCCACGCAGCCCAAACUGAAAGUGUACUUAACUAUUCUGAAGAGAAAAUGGCUGAUAUUAUGAGAUCAGAUAUUUUAGAAGGUCAGGAUGGAAUCAGAAGAGGAAUAAUUGGAGAAAUAGGGACAUCAUGGCCUGUGACAGAUUUUGAGAAAAGAUCUCUUCGGAGUGGUGCCCUUGUUCAGGAGGAAUUAGGUUGCCCAGUAAUAAUACAUCCAGGUCGCAAUGCUAAAGCACCUAGUGAAAUCACAAGAAUUUUGCUUGAAGCAGGCGGUAUAAAAGAUCAUAUUGUGAUGUCACAUCUAGACAGGACCUUCAGUGAUUUAAACAUGCUCUUGGAUUUUGCUGAGCUUGGGACCUAUUUGGAGUAUGAUCUGUUUGGUAUCGAGGUCUCCCAUUACCAGCUUACUGAAUCCUUUGACAUGCCAAGUGAUGCCCAGAGAAUACAGUUCAUUAAAUCACUCUUGCAGGAAGGCUAUGAAGACAAAGUAUUAAUUAGUCAUGAUAUUCAUACUAAACAUCGACUGAUGAAAUAUGGAGGUCAUGGAUUCUCUCAUACACUUAUUAACAUUGUACCAAAGAUGUUGUCAAGAGACAUCUCUCACCAGCAGGUGGAUAAAAUCAUCAAGUGCAAUCCCCAGAGGUGGCUUACUUUCUUUAAGUAGACCAGCACCAUUAUAAACUUCAUGUUAUUACAAUAGUUCUGUUGGUUGUUAUACGAUGUUAUCAAAUCAUCCUCAUGGUGAUGAUAUUAUUACCAUUUUCAUUAUAAAUAUUUUUUUUAUGCAGUAGUAAUGCGGUGGUGCAUACUUACAAUUUUGUUGCACCAAUUCUUUUUGCAUGCUAAAUCUUAGAAUACACCUUCAUGGCUAUUGCAUUUUGUUUAGAAGCCUCUUUCUCACUAUGACUGAUGUGUUGUUUUAUUUGCUUUCUUGUGGUACUGUUAGUUCACCACUGUUUAGGGUGAGUACGUUAACCGUUACUACAAUCUCACAGUUGUUUUCUUACCAUAGUUUUCGUAAAGUGGUGUUGCAAGGAGUUUGUCUUUGGACUCAUUGUUUUAUCUAGCGACGGGAAUGUGAGCCUGUAUUGUAUGUAGUAGCCUGUGAAAGAUGUUGUGAAAAGUCUGCUCAGUGUUUUCUAUGUAAUGAUUUGUCCGUUAUUCAUUAUUAGCCAUGAAUGUGUAUACAGAACGUCAGAGGAAUGUGCAAACAAGCCAAGGCUUAAAAGACAACCCUGACAUCAACUUUACAUAAUUAAUAUAGGGCUAUGUAAUCACCAAUGUUGAUGUUAUUUUAUGUGUGUGACAGAUCAGUAAUAGUAUGUUAUCAUUUCUUGAAGUCUGUUUAUAAUAGUUUAAUGUGACAUUAUCUUUUCUUUUCUUAAUCUUAUCUUAUCUUAUACAGACGUUAAUUCAAAAAAGAAAUGGUUACGUCAUAUGCGUCAUGCAUCUAGUUAUGCAUGUUAACCAAUGACUUAAAUUCAGCCAAGUCAUUGGUUUUCCUGGCUGCCUCGGGCAAUCCCUUCCAUGUCCUAAUAGCGCUAGGAAAGAAGAAGCAUUUGUACAAAUUUGUUCUAGCAUAUGGAGCGAGGAAUGUGUCUUCAUCUUGUCUUUCUGAGUAUUUUAUUAGAUUUUGUUUUGUGUUUGAAGAUUAUAUAUGGUUCAGUGUUUUAUUUAUAAUUGCUACUUUACUUUAAGCAUAUGGAUUUGCAACUAAAAGUGAAGCAACAUUUGAAUUGUCAAUUUUUCUUCAUUAAUUAAUAGUCUUUAAUCUAUUUAACUUCAUAUAAAAUCUACUUUUGGAAUAACUGAUUGAAAUUUUUUUUUUUAAAGUUUAAUGUCCACAUUUUUUGUUUAUUGUAAGGAUCACAAAUAAAUUAAAUGUGAAACACUUUCCUAAAGAUUGAAUUUUAUGAUAAUUCAUUUUUUCUUUCCUAUUACCUGCUUUUAUAUAUAUAUUUAUAUAUUUCUUUUACAAUUUGAUAAUUCUUUUCUACUGUGGCUGUUGGUUUUGUAUUUUAUAAACUAAAAAAGCUCUUUUUAUUUAAAUUAAUGUUUCUAAUUAAUAUCUGUACAAAAAAAAAACAACAACAAGCUUUAAGAAGUUUAGACUGAACACUAUGACAGCAUGUUAUUCUUUCAAUUUUUACUUUGUAGAAACCAGGGGAGAGAACUGGUUGUAUGUGAGAUGUUUGGUGGAGCUAAUGUCCAUAAAUUCUUUUUUAGCUGCCCUGAAGGGGAAAAGAUGCUAUUACUUUUGUGUGGAAUGCAAGCAGUUUUUUUCACCACUCUUACAACUAUUCACUAUUAAUAGUAACAAACACAGGAGGCUCUUUAGUAGGGGGGAUAACUAUUCACCAUAUUUUUAACACAUUUAUGCAAAUGGUUUUAGAUUUUUUGUCAAGAAUUUUUUUUUUUUUACAUUUGUAUUGACAAGUUUGCUUAUUUUUUAAAGAGAAAAAAUCUAUUUAGUAUGCAUAUAAGUUGGACAUAAUUUAAAACAAUUAAUAAGUAGUUUUUCACAUUAUAGCGUGAAUUACCCAAAUUCUUUUUCUUGAGGAAUAAAAGAUUGACCCUUUACAAAACAAUUUGAUCAAUCAGCUAUCCAUUAUAAGACAUUAGUUAGGACAGGUUCACAUCUAACUUCACAUUCACUUUCACCUAUCCUUUAGUCUGCCGGACCGCUUGGGCACCACACAAGAUCUGUCAACCUUCUUUCUCCAUUCUUCUCUGUCAUUUGUCUUUGAUAGAAUUUCAUUCUGAUGUUCUUUCUGAAAAUAUUAAGAACCUGCCUUUAUACCUGCCUGGUUUCCACACAAACUGUCUUUGUAACCUUGUUGAUUUAGAUUUCUUUUCAUGCCAGAAUGCAUAUAUACACCAAUUCAUUGUUAAUAUUCUAGAAAUCAAUAAGAGAAGACACAAAAUAAAGGUUGUGAUUACUUUAUUAAUACAUUCAGUCAGACUGAUUGUAUACUUUGUCAUCCUGCAAUUUUUUUUACUUUGUUCUUUGAUAUAGUCAGGUCAUUGUAAGCAUUUUUAUAUAUGUCACUUGUUUUUUUUUUUUUUUUUGCAAAUUGUUAUUAUACCAAAUCUAUAUGUGAAUUGUGUUGUUUUUAGAAUCAUAGAACUGAAUACCACAAGUUUUAAGUUUUGUUUAGAAGGAAGAAAAAGUUCAGAGAAUCCUUUACUGCCAUAGUGUCUUUCAACAGAGACAGCUUAUUAAAAUAAGUGAAUUCCUUUUUUUUUUUUUGGGGGGGGGCCAGUCUGUACAUUUCUAUGUCUGUAAUAUUGUUGAUAUCCAGAAAUGCAUUGUAGUGGUUAAUAAAAACAAUAUUAUCCAACAA